CUCGCUGACAGAGCCCGUUCAAAGGUUUGUUUGACAUGUCCGAGCCAACAUGGCGUCAUCGCACGUCCAGUUUCGCGGAGCCUGCGAUCGAUUACGCUGAAGAUCAGGCCACUGCUGACUGACAGUACGGACUAUCAUGGCGGAGGCAGGACAGGCGGAAUCAGAGCAGGACCUCGAGAGCAAGAUUGAAGAAACGCGACAGAGGUUUAAAAGCGAGUAUGUUGAAGAGUCUAAAGACAAAUAUGACAGCAGAGAUGUGGAGAGACUCUUUAAAGAUGACGCUCUGGUCGAAGGCUACCUCACAUGGAGAAACUUUGUUGUGGAAGACACCUUAAAGAUGAUCGAUGAGAGCUUACAGUGGAGGAAAGAGUUUAACUUGAAUGACCUCACAGAAAGCAGUAUUCCCAGAUGGAUGUUUGAGAGCGGUGCAGUUUAUCUUCACGGAUACGACAAAGAAGGAAACAAACUCUUCUGGUUCAGAGUGAAGCUCCAUGUUAAAGAUGCCAAGUCGAUAUUGGAUAAGAAGCGGUAUGUGGCGUUCUGGUUGGAGCGUUACGCCAAACGUGAACCUGGGAUGCCGCUGACAGUCGUGUUCGACAUGUCUGAGUCCGGACUCAGUAAUAUAGAUAUGGACUUUGUCAAGUAUAUCAUUAACUGCUUCAAAGUGUACUAUCCAAAGUUUCUUUCCAAAAUGAUCAUGUACGAGAUGCCAUGGAUCAUGAAUGCUGCCUGGAAGAUAGUGAAGACAUGGCUGGGCCCUGAAGCCAUCAGUAAGCUCAAGUUUGUCACCAAGAGUGACAUCCAGACGUAUGUUGGACCUGAGCACCUUCCACCUUACAUGGGAGGAACAGACGAAUUCAAAUACAGUUAUCCGCCUCUCCUGGAUGAUGACUUCCAGUCUCCAAUCUGUGAAAACGGUCCAAUCGUCAGUGAAGAUGAGAGUGACAUCAAGGACACUGAAUCCGAGUCCAAAGAAACUCUCGAAUCCAGUUUCAAUGCUGAUCAAUCCAUCAAACCCAAGAAGGUUAAUUUCCUUGAAGACAGUCAAAAGUCAGACGAUCUGGAAAGAGGAGAAUCUGUACGACUGAGAGGGGCUAGAAAACCUACAACCACUUUCAAGGGCACAUUACUGCACAUCAGUCCAUCAGAGGAGCUCAGAUUCGGUGCUAAAGAAUCAGAGAAGAAGUGUUUGAUCAUCCUCAACAACGUCACCAAAAACCACGUGGCCUUUAAGGUCCGAACUACAGCUCCAGAGAAAUACCGUGUGAAGCCCAGUAACAGCAGCUGUGAGCCUGGAGCCAGCGUGGACAUCGUGGUUUCACUUCAUGGAGGGUUCCAGGCGUCUCCUCAGGACCGGUUUCUGGUCAUGGCGGCAGAGAUGGAGAGCAGCGCCGGAGCCGCCGUCCCAGAACUCGCUCAGUUUUGGAAGGAAGUUUCUAAAGCCAAAGUCAUGGAGCACAGGUUGCGCUGUCACGUCCUCGAGACUCCAAAGUCUAUUCUAAACAACUCGUUUGAGAGUCCAUCAGUGACGGCCACCAACGACCAUCAGGACCUGCAGAGCAUGCUGAUGAACAUGAUGGUGUCUAACUCACGUCUGGAGCAGAAACUGGAGUCGUGUCUGUGGAUGCAGAAGGUUCUGUUGGGUCUGCUGUCGUUUCUAUUGGCUCUCACUGCCUACUCGCUCUGGACGUCAUGAAGCACGUCUGACGCGUCACAGACUGUUCGCCGCUUUACUGUAAACGGUUUGAUGGACAAACGCAGGGACGUUUUUGCUCGCAACCGUCAGACAACAAGCUACAAGCUAAAUCGUGUAUUUUUAUCAGAAUAAACCACAGUUUAAUUUAUAAAACAUUGUGUAGAGUUCCUAAGAUCAUGCAAAUGUAAUUAACUCAGUUUGAUUUUAAUAUUAUAUAUAUAGUAUUUUAUAAAAGUAUGAAUGUGUGAACAAUAAAAAUGACACUUUUGUUACGCACCACUUUCCUGUCUGCUUUUUAUUGCCUGUACAAAUACA